AUGUUUCAGGCCGUGAGCACACGCGAUUUCGCCAGCAAGCGGCGAUCGGUUAAGUUAACUGCUGCCGGCAGCACUGACGGCCGUUCAGUCCGGCCUUCGCCGUUCGCGCGAGCGUCCACCACUCGCGGAGGCUCUUCCGGAGAAGGACGGCGAGGAGGUAAAGGAGGAAAAGCAUCCGCGACCGACGCGGCGGCUGCGGGGGCCUCGAGCAGAAGCCGGCGCAAAUGGGCGCAGUCGGGAGGCAGCCGCGCGGCGCCAUCAACGGCGGAAGAUGCGGUGCAGGCGGAACUCGCGGCGACGCCGGGACUGCUGGAGCCGAUGCGCAUCGAGCUGAUACCCGAGGAGGGGAAGGUGGACUGCUACCGCAUAGCGGCGGGCAUGAAAUCCCGGCACCCGCCAGGCGUGAUCUACGAGCUGCUGCGCGACUUCAAGCGCGCCCCCGCCAUCUUCCGCCACAUGGACAAGUGCUCCUCCGUGCCGCAGCCCGACGGCAGCCUACUGGUCGUGCAGAACGUCAAGUGGCGGUUCCAGCUGUUCUCGGGGAAGUUCGACCUGGCGCUUUACUGUCAUUGCGACGACGCGACGCGCACUAUCACGUACCGACUGGCAACUCCUGGAUUCAUGAAAGACUUUGUCGGCACAUCAACCAUUCGCAGCCUUUCCCUCCCUCACGCCUCACCCUCCUCCGCCUCCUCCUCCCUGCCUCUCACUGUUCCCGGCACACGCGCUAUCAGCCACCCUCAGCCUCUGCUACAACCAGAGCUACAGCCUCAGGCACCUCAGCCUAAGCCCUUGCACCCGGCGCUACCGAUAAAGCCAGUACAGCCGCGCCCCGCGCUACAGCAGCGGCUGCUACAGCUGCAGCAGGCAAUUCCUCUCGGCCGCUUCCCCGCUCAGCUGCUGGCGUUCGGCCGAGUGGCUGUGGGUGAGCCUCGGAUUGAAGGCGAGGGGUUAGGAGGGGGGAUUCUGGGUGGAUGGCCGAGGAUGGGUGCUGGAGCUGCUUCUGGUGCGCCCCUGGCAGCAGCAGCAGGAGGAGCAGCAGGAGCAGCAGGAGCAGGAGGAGCAGCAGCAGCAGCAGCAGCAGGAGCAGGAGGGGCAGUAGGGAGCAUGGGAGGAGGAGCUAAGAUAGGGGGGGUCGUUCAGUGGAAGGGUGGCGUGUCGGCGGGUGGUGCUUCGGAGCUGGUGAAAUGUGGACCGUCGGAUUGUGGGUCGGAGAUCGAGAUCGUCCAGAGGGUCGAACCAGCCAACUUGCCGCUCGGUCCUUUGACCCAGUACAUAUUGGGGUACAUCAUUACGGCCCAAAUGCGAGGUCUCUUCCAUGACUUGUGCGUGGAGGCAACAAACAUUGAAGCGAGGAACCUUGCGGAACAGGAAAGGUUCACCAACAGCCUGCCAGAGCCAGCAUCGCAGCCAAAGCUGCUGCCUCUGGGGGGCGACCCCCACCGAUACUCCGCCUACCACGUGUCCACUCUUGAGGCGGACCACCGGCACCGCCUGCACGUGGAGCCAGACCUGGGCAUCCCAUUGGACCUGCUCGACCUAUCCGCUUACUGUGCCCCGCCCCCCUCCCAGCGCCCUCCGCUGCACCCAGCAGAUGCGAAACUCCUGAGGGGCGACAACGCUAGUUUCAAGCACAGGGAGGGCGCGGGGGCAGCAGCAGGGGGGACAAGGGGUUUUACAUUUUCGAAGGAGGGCGCGGGGGCAGCAGCAGGGGGGGCGGGCGCGUUGCGUAUGAAGGAGAGGCCGACAGAUGCUGGGCUGAGCUGGCUGGUGCACACUCAGUACAUCUCCGCUGCUGGCUCUGGCAGUGCGCCUAAGAAGAGGGUGCUUAAUGAGAAGGAGGCAAAGCUGCUGGCACUGCAGCUGGAGCUGGCAGAUGAACAGAUGUACAGUACAAGGGAAGGGCAGAUCCGGUACAUCGAGGAAUCUUUUCAGGCUGCCCGGAAGCCGCCCGUGCAUCCGUCGAACCCGAGUCUCGAGGCAGUGGAGGUGCUACCUGUGCUGCCACUCUUUUCUCUCGCCGGCCGCCAGUUUGUGCACCUCGUGUUUGAUGACACUCCACUGGCUGACUCGCCUGCACAUAUGCACCUCAAGGAGGAGCAGAAGAAAGAAAUGGAGGCGCGGGCGAUAAUGAAGAAUUUCAAGGUGGCAGCACCGGGGGGAGGGGAGCCGCAGUCGUUUGUCGCUUACAUGGUCCCCAACAAGCGGGAGCUGGGGAGGAAGCUGAGGGACGGAGAGAGCGCACGGUACGACUGGGUUCGAGAGUAUCAUUGGAAGGUACGUAUUGCUUCAUACAUGAUGUUUUAUGAGUGGAACGUUUUGCUUCAUACUUGA